UCACACACACACACACAAAAACACAGUUUCACAUGCAUCUUGUUUGUCAAUUUUCCUCAACCAAUCCCCCUAUUUAAACCCACCACAAUUCCCUUUCUAAAUUUCAUCAUCAUCAAAAAUUCAGUAAAAAAAACACACCCCCAAUUGAACUAAUCUCCAUCUCUCUGUUUCUUCAAUUCAAUGGCUGCCGGCAGCAAGGCUACUACUACUACUACAACUACCCCAACUGGUAUAGUGUUCGAAGAUUUCUUCCCAGCCAUGGUAGAAAAGCUUGGAGCAGAUGGAUUUAUGGAUGAACUCUGUAAAGGGUUUCGUUUAUUGAUGGAUACAGAGAUAGGGGCCAUAACACUUGAAAGCUUAAAGAAGAAUUCUGAGUUACUUGGACUCGGUGGAAUGUCUAAUGAAGAACUGAGUUCGAUGCUAAGAGAAGGUGAUUUGGAUGGCGAUGGUUGUUUGAAUCAGAUGGAGUUUUGUGUUCUUAUGCUUAGACUUAGUCCUGAACUCAUGACUGAGUCAAGAACCUGGUUGGACCAGGUCAUGACUCAAAUCGAUGAUGAAUAGACAACAGCCGUUCGAUCAAAUAAUCCUUUUUUUUUUGUUUUUGGGAUCUGUUAAGGUGAAUUAUUGUCCUGUGUUUUUUUUUUAAUAUAUAUAUAGCUGUUGGUAGUAACUAGUAAUAUUAUAGUACUAGAUUAUAAAUAUAGGACUCUAUAGCUAGCUAUGUAAUUUCCCGUUACGAUGUUUCCUCCAACGUCUUUUUAAGGUUUCUAGCUAGCUGUUAGUCAUAUGAUUAUUGCACCGUGUUCAUGUAAUCAUCCAUCUUUGUU